AUAGCGACCAAUUGGAUCAUAUCAGGGAGGAAGCGGCCUGAUCACAUCUGCAUAUUGUUCAUAUCAUUGUUGUAACUCAGAAAACAUGUAGGUUUGACAGCAAUAUGGGCUUACUUGGGAGCUCCAUCACAUGCUAAUGUUGGGAACCAGCCUAGAUGUAAUUGAUCUAAUUUUAUAAUUCUCGAAGGUGUGGGAUUAGCAUGAUACUAGACUGGUUCAAAUGCCAGAGUCCUAACUUCUUGACUUCUAUUACCGACUUUGAUGCUUACCAAUGAUCAAUUCUCAAAUUUGCUAUCCAUCAUCAUGACCCUCUCCGGGAAAGACUAUAGAACUAGUCGUGGUGGUGAUGAAUCAUGUGACACAGAGCUUCACUCUCAAGAUACAACCAAAAAUCUCAAAGAUCAUGAUUGGAAUCAGCUUGAAGAAGAGUACAUCGAUUCCAUGGAAAAGCAUGGGGGGGCUGAACAAGCCUUAUGCAUUCGUGUUUCCAAAUUGCUUGAGAUUUUUACUGCUUGGUCUGAGACAACCAUCACACGUGAUGAGAUCAGAGCGUUGAAACGGUUUAAAACACAAGUGCAACAUGUUCAGACAUCUGAAGAGAACUUGGAGAAGAAGCGUAAACAUUACAUCGAUGUUGUCAAGGCAUUUGAGAGUGCCCUCGCGCUGUUGAACGAUCGUGUAAAGCCAUGAGGAUAGAUUAUGGGGUGCUUGCAUGUUUCUAGCCGCACUCCACACCACGCUCAAAAUGGAGAAAUGAAUGCCGGACUUGAGUACUGCGUGCCUGAUACAUUAUUUCAUACCUUGUAUAGUAAACAAUGCCGUAAAC